UACUUGUCACGUUUCAUACCUCUAAUCUUUAAAACUCUCUUUCUUCUUCUCUCAGAUCUGCCAAACUCUGCGCCAACAACAACAAUGGCUUCCGCAUCUCCUCCCACCCUCCCAAUCUCCAACCCCCAAACCGUCCCCUCCGCCGCCCCAUCCUCCCUCGAAUCCCAAUCCCCACCAAUCGCAACCCCCGCCUUCCGCGCGUUCAUCAACCGCAUCACCGAGACCGUCUCCAACGGCCUCUCCCAGCGCCGUCCCUGGGCCGAGCUCGCCGACCGCUCCGCCCUCUCCAAACCCGAAUCGAUCUCCGACGCCGCCGUCCGCAUCCGCAAGAACUACUCCUACUUCAAGGUCAACUACCUCGCCGUGGCGACGGCCAUCGUCGGGUUCUCCCUCGUGACCCACCCCUUCUCCCUCGCCUUCCUCCUCUGCCUCCUCGCCUCCUGGCUCUUCCUCUACCUCUUCCGCCCCUCCGAUCAGCCGAUUGUGAUUCUAGGUCGGACUUUCUCCGAUCGGGAGACGCUGGGUUGCUUGAUCUUGUUCAGCAUCUUCGUGGUGUUCCUAACUGACGUUGGAUCUGUGCUCGUGUCGGCGGUUAUGGUUAGUGUGGCGUUGAUCUGCGCGCAUGGUGCGUUUAGGGCUCCAGAGGAUCUUUUCUUGGAUGAGCAGGAGCCGGCUGCGACUGGUUUUCUUUCGUUCCUUGGUGGGGCCGCUUCUUCCGCUGCGCCAGCUGUCAUUGCCGCUCGCGGGUGAUGACAAUGCGGGUCAAUGAUCGACGGCUCAGAUCCACUACCGCGUCGGUGUAAUCUUUUUUGUUUUCUUUUUUUUGCUUACGAAAUAUCUUUUCAAUAUGAUUCGUUUGUUUAUUUUAGGGUUUAUAAAUCUGAAAAAUAAACGUGAAAAGUUGUGAGAUUGCAAUGUUUUGUUGUGUUCUUGAUAUAACUAUAGAUGAUAUGAUGAUAUUAUAUAUGUUUUGUCUCUCUUUUUGGUAAUCGUAUUGGCUUCUUCAGCCUUUUGAUCUAUAUAAGAUUCCUUAGACAGCUUAAAGAA